AUGUCCGAUUUGAGUCUGUUCUCAAGGCUCACCGUGAAAGCAAUAUCAUCCCUGCCGCCGCCCCCGAGAAGCGCAAACGACGAUCCAUCAUCUCCUUCGUUCCACGAGGGGCACUCGACCACCGCACCACUGUCCCGCUCUGCAUCCCCCGACGCCGUCAGCCUUCACCACGGUCCCCGAAAAUCAGUAUCGACCAGAAAGCGGGUCUCUAAAAAGGCGCGCGGCGUCCUGGGCAAGGUUCGGGCCUUCCAAAGGAUCGCUGCGGCCAAGAUGGCUCAUCCUACCAUCAAAAUCGAUACCAGCGUGCAGGCCACCAAGCGGGCGCAUCCUGGAGACCCGGAAGAGGGUCUAGAGGGACUCGAUGACCCGGAUCAGGAGUUUUUCGGUCUGGAAGCGAGUGAUAAUGAACAGGUUCCUCCAUUUCUCUGUCAGUCAGGUUUAGAAAUUCAUCAGCGGUUCGAAGAACUGGAAUGGCUGCAAAGAACUCGUGUUGCAGAGGGGUCGCAGGCCAACGACCCCUCUCACCGGUGGGCUCUGGAGAUGGAUCCCGAGGUCAAGGCACGGAACCGCUACAUGAACGUGCAAGCGUGGGCAAACUCUCGCAUCCACCUACAAGUUCCCGAGGGCGAGUGUGAUUUCAUUAAUGCAUCCCCAAUAGUUUUAAUGGAUUCGGUGACGGAGCAGGAGCGGAGGUAUAUCGCCACCCAGGGUCCGAAGGUUGGCAACAUCGCCCACUUCUGGCAUAUGGUGUUUCACGAAUCCCAAGACGUCGGGGUCAUUGUCAUGCUCACCCAAACCUUUGAGUUGGGCCGAGAGAAAUGCUCCCAGUACUUUCCGAUCAAUCCAGAUAAACCUUCCAUGCUUCUCCGCGACGACGAGACCGACCCAUUCAUAAAUGAGGAGGACCAAGAAACGGGCGCGGUGGCUCAAGUCACUCUCCUGGAGACCACCUUGGACCCUGAUUCUCGCUCGGAAAUCCGCAAAUUGGAGCUAACGGUGGGAACGGAGUCCAAGAUUGUCUGGCACUUUCUCUUCGCCGGCUGGGCGGAUUAUUCGAAACCAGAAGGCGAAGACCGCGACGCGCUACUCCAGCUGAUCAGACUCUCGGGCGAGAAAUGCACUCCCGACAACCCUCGCAUUGUGCAUUGCAGCGCGGGCGUGGGCCGGACCGGCACGUUCAUCGCUCUCGACCACCUGCUACAGGAGCUCGAAUCGGGCCAGCUACUCGAGGUCGACGACCCGGAUGUCGACCCCGUCUUCGAGGUUGUCAACGAGAUGCGCGAACAACGGAUGAUGAUGGUCUACAACGAAAUGCAGCUGCAGUUCAUCUACGAAGUCCUGCGGGAGCAGGCCGGUAUCAGACUCGGCAAGAUAUCCAGUUCCACCGGUCGCAGGUCGGAUGAAAGGUCCACCAAAAUGGCCAAGUUGUCCGACGAGUCGGAGUAUUUGCCCUCGUCCAAGCCGGAGUUGAGGCCGACAGGGGACCCUUCCACGCCCACCAGAAGCAGCUCAGGCACUGCGGCAGACUCUGACGAUGAUCAAUGA